AUGAAACCUACCAUCGCUGGAGCUUUGCUCCUCGCAGCUCUUCCAUCUCUGGUAGCAGCCAAUCACGCGCCCGCGGCACCGACAACUAUAUUCGUUGCUGGAUACGAUGGCUUUGUGCGCACCGUCCAAUUGACCGGCGAGGGGAGCUCCUCGAAGUUGACACUCCUCAACCAGACGGAUGGAUGCAAGACAAAUCCUUCGUGGCUCACAAUCGACAUCCACAACCACCGACUUUGGUGUCUAGAUGAAGGAUUCGUCGCUGGCUUCGGAACACUCAACCAAUUUGAUAUUGAAGACGGUGGGGUCCUGACGCCCGUGCAGCACCGGAACGUAUCAGCAAGUCCAGUCCACACCAAACUUUAUAACGGCGGCAAGAACAUUGCUCUGGCCCAGUUUGGUAACGCCGACGCCACUGGAAUUCGCGGCGGUUUAACCAUCCACAGCAUCAACGAUGAUGGUCAUCUGGGCGAGAUGGUCAAUCACACCUUCGAUGCUCUGGCCGCACCAGGACCGCGACCCGGCCAAGCGGUACCACGCGCCCACGGCGUCUACCCCGACCCGAAGGACAAGAAUCUCGUGGUUCUCGACUACGGCGCGGACCAGAUCCGGACUUUUAACCUCGUACCAGAUAACACUGGCUCCUUGAACGUGGGCAGUGUGAUCUCACUCCCGAAGGGCACGGGUCCACGUCACGCGGCAUUCUUCUCACACACGGCCACCUCACAGCUUUACCUGUUUGUGGUCUCUGAAUUCCUCAAUACCAUCACCACUUUCGCCGUCAACUACGACGCAAACGAUGCCAUCAUCCUCACGGGGCCCAGCCACGUCAUCGACACAUUCGGCGGGAAAGCAGACGCCGAGACACUCGUCAACGCCAAGGCAGCGGAAAUUCGCGUGUCGUACGAUAACCAAUUCCUGAUCGUGUCGAACCGCAACGACACUUCAUUCCCGGAGUCGGACUCGCUCGCCACCUUCCGCAUCAAGGACGACGGCAGCCUCGACUUCGUGCAGCUCGCCGCCGCCGGUGGCCUGUUCCCGCGCGCUUUCCAGGUGAAUCUCAAGGGCGAUCGUGUCCUGGUGGCAGCACAGACGGAUUCGAAGAUCGCCGUGCUCGACCGGAACCCACAGACUGGGAUCAUCGGCGAUGUCCUCGCCGAGCUGGCCAUCAACACUACCGUGGAUGGCGUGGCUGCCGGCCUUCCCGCCGCGAUUUGGAAUGAGUGA